AUGAUUUUAGAACUGUCUUACUGUAGAAGUCUUACUGUAGUGAACUCUAAUAAAAUUAUUAUCCAGGUCCAAAAAAUCGAGGGAUGCCGUCUGAAGUAUGGAGUCAUUCAAUUCCUGACUCUAUUCGUGGGAGACGCGAAAGCAAGAUGGGAAAACAUGCAAAAUUUCGACGACCUCGAGAAUGGAAAUGAUUGGAGGACUCACUGGCACGUCAAGGAUUACAAGAAACACAACAAAACGCAUUGGCAGAAGAUUUUUAAGAGAUACCAGAAUAUCUGGUUUCUGGAGGGUCGUCAGCAAUUUUUGAAAACUGAUUUCCCAUCAGAAUUUGAUUAUCUAUCGAUUCUGCUAGGUCUCGUUUCUGAACUCCAAAAUAGACUCAACCUCGGACCCAACAAACCAGACGAUCCAGAUUUUAGAGAGCGCCGGACUGCUCCUCCAAAAAGACGUCGUACUGGUCGUCGUCGCUCAUCUGAAUCCUCUUCAUCCCCACCACCACCACCACCCCGUCGUGUCCUUCCUCCUCCAAUCCCAUUCAUCGACAACUACGAGUCAAUCCACGUGCCAAAAGGAACCCGUCUGGCUCAAAUUCAACAAGAACGUGAUCGGCGUCUUCGCGCCCGUCUUGGUCCGAAGCCGCCGAAGAUUCAGAAGACACAAUUCGAAUCGGCGGAGGCGAAGAAGGCGAAACGGGCGGCACGCACUACGGUAGCGGUGUUGAGAGAUGAGAGAGGAUGGACAAGAUUCAGAAGUCACCGGUACACGGCGCCCAAGUUUCACAAUGAUCCCGGGUAUUCUGAUGAUGUGGAGAAUCAGGGAGAAAACGUGGAGUCGUCGGAUAUCGAGGAUUGGGAUUCAGAAGACAACGAUGAGGAGGAGGAGGACGAGACGGAAGGAAGAAAGGAGUUGUGGGAAAUGCCACAGGAUCAGAGUACGAUCUCCCGACUGUCAACAGCAAUCGAGACUAAAAAAUGGUGUCUUGUCGAAGAACUCAUCAAAGCCGGAUUCCAAGUUCAUUCUCUUCUAUUCAGAAGAUUCAAUCUCGUCGAUGAAAUCUGCUCAGCUGCCAACAAUAUUCCAGAGGAGUUUCAGAACCUAUUCGAAUUGUUGGCGCAACGAGGAGCCGAUAUCCGGAUGGCAUACAUCGACGAGAGAACUCCCACUCGUCUCAAGAGAAUCGAGGAGAGAGAUUUCUAUCUGGAUUUGAUCCGCAAAUCAUUAUCCGAUGAAAUCAAAGUGAUCUACCAGAAAUCAAUCACUUCCGGAUUCCCAGUCAUCACAUUCCCGGGAAAUGAGAAUGGACGAAUUCUGAGUAUUCAGAGAUCGUCGUUCAGAAUUGAGGAGUUGGAGGACGACAAGAAAUACGCUUUCGUUAUUGUGGCGAUGGAGUGGGAUGGGGAAACCUUCCAAGUCCGCCAACAUCUUCCCCUCCUCACUUUGAGAUUCAAUCAGGAGAAGAUUCCCAUCAAAUGCCAUGAGACUCCACUCACUGAGUAUCCGGCAUUCUACAGUAUCCAUCCGACGAAGGGAAAGAAUGAAUUCGAGAUACAUCUCAAACAACGGAUGAACGGAUUCAUUGCAGUUUGGCCGAUUCUGGUCGUUGAGGAAUCCUCAUUGGAGGAAAAAGAAGACGAUGAAACAUGCUCAAACUGUGAAAACCGCCAAGCUCCUCCCUCAUCUUUCCACUUGUCAGCCGUCUGCUUAUACGAUGAGAUCUUCGUCAAGAGACAACGAGACAAGAAAGAAAGAGAAAGAAGAACUCGGACAAUGGAGACCCCAAUCAACAAUCAACUGCAACAGUCUGCUCCACAACAAACUCAUCAGCAACAAGUGCAGCAACCGGCUCCUCAACAAGUCCAACCGCAACAAACGGUCAUGCAACCGGGGCAGCAACAACAACAGAUGCAGCCACAACAGCAGCAGAUGCCACAGUUCCCAGCACCAAGUCAGCAGCAAGCGUACCAGCCACUUCAAACGGCACACCCAGUCUUCGCACUGCCAAGAGUAGCACCACAACAGAUGAUGCCUACACAAAUGAUGUAUCAGCAGCAACAGUAUCCACAGGCUAAUGGUCAAGGAUAUCCGACGCCGCAACAGCAUCAAUACGGGUAUUAUACCCAAUUCUAA